AUGUGGACAAAAUGUGUUACACAUCAGUCUGCCAUGGGCUCCUCGGAAGAAGCUAAAACUAUUCUCACACCCAUCCUGGCUGAGUUAAGAAAGCAACGAGAAGCACGUAAUUAUGAAAAGGUGUCCGAAUUCUAUGAUCUGAACGCUGUACACGUUCAUGCUGGAAAAGAAGCUCUGUCCAACGAGAAGUUCGACAUGGCAGGAGACUUCAUCAUUUUCACAGCUGACUAUGAAACGGAAACGGAAAAGAUCGGUGUACUCAAGGGCAAAUUCACUCAGAUAUGGCGCAAAGCUAAUGAUAGUUAUUUGAUUCUGCACAUUGAAUAUGCACCACAAUGA